GAAUUUGUGGAGGAGAAGCCAAAAUAUUCGAUACAAUACUGUCUCUCUUUCUCUAUAGUGUAUAGUGAAUUAUUGAAGCUAUUUUGUUGGAUUUGGAUUUAUAUUCUUCAUCCCUGAGGCCAAGGUUGAAGAAUUUUGUGCUCAAUUUGAUUUAUACUUGUUCAGGGAAUUAUGAAUGAUUCAAUGGUGAUGAACGCUCCGAACGGGCCAUUGAAUACAAAAUUUUCGGGCCAUGGCCAAAUUGAGGUUGAUUUUGUAAAAUGCAAUUGCUGCGGUCUGACAGAGGAAUGCACUUUAUCUUACAUAGAGACAAUUCGGGCUCGCUACCAAGGAAAAUGGAUUUGUGGGCUUUGUGCUGAAGCUGUAAAGGACGAAAUUUUGCGAUGUAAAAAAUUGAUUAGCCCGGAUGAGGCUAUGGCCCGACAUUUCAACUUCUGCAACAAAUUCCGGCCAUCAGGACAGCCGGAGGAGCCGACGUCACGUUUGAUUACGGCCAUGAGACAGAUUUUGAGGAAGAGUUUGGAGUGUCCCAAGUCUUUAAGGUCGAUGCCGAGUAGUCCGAUGAAGAACAUAGGGGAUGGUAAUAUAAAGAAGAUCGGGUUCCCUCGGUCGGAGAGUUGUAUUCCGAGUUUGUCCCUGGUUGACUCGCCAGUACUGCGUGCUAUGGGAGAAGAGCGAGGGUAGUAUGGUAAAUUUGAAAAGUCAUUCGGAUUAGGGCUAAUGAAGAAGAUGAGAAAAUAUAUAUGAGCUCUUUUGGUA